UAUUCUCUUAACUAAAUCACGUUAGAACAAAAAUAUUCAUAGAUAUCUUCCACACCAAUCAUUUACUAAUUUCCAAAUUUUAACGUUUUGUAUUUAUCACACUUAAAUCUCUCGUCCUUUUAAAACUAUCCUAAAAUCACGUAAGUCAUUAUUAUCUUAAAAGAUUUAUUAUUUAUUAACCUUGCUUUUCACGGAAAGUGUAACAAAUCGAAAAUAUAUUUAUCAUUUAGUUACCUAAAAUCUAGGUAUCCUAGAGAUUUGAAAACCAAUAUAUAUAGAACAUACGUCUCAUGUAAUUCUCACAUCUCAAUCACUCUAAUCUAAAUCACUAAAAUGUCUUCGAACAAGAGUGUAUCCUUGGUCAAGAAUGUCAAACCAUACAAAACUGGUUGGUGUAUCCAAGUGAAGGUUCUUCAUUCGUGGAAGCAAUAUACCACUUAUGCUGGUCAUUCACUGGAACUGAUUUUGGUUGAUGAAAUGGGUACGAAGAUUCAUUGCUCGUGCAAGAAGGAUCACAUGUUUCGUGUUCAACGUGACUUGCCUUUGGGAGUAUGGCGCCUGGUUACCAACUUUUCACUCUCAAAUGCAACUGGUCAGUACCGACCAACCAACCAUCCUUUCAAGAUGUCUAUUACAGGCGAAACAAAGAUUGCGGAUUCAGAUUACCAUUGCGAUGACAUGUUCUUCACCUUUGCAACUUAUGAAGAUGCUGGGAAUGGGAGUAUCAAUUCACACUUUUUAAUUGAAGUAAUCGGUCAAGUUGAGAGCCUUAAAGACGUUCAGACUGUUCAAGUGAAAGGGAAGGACAGGAAAAAAGUUGAAUUCCGGCUCCGUGACACCAAGGGUGAAACGAUUGCGUGUUGUCUGUGGGGAUCAUUUGCUGAACAAAUUGAAGCUUAUGUUCAAGAAAACAAUGAUCCCAAUAUGAUUUUGGUUAUCAGAUUCGCGAAGAUUGGAUUUUAUCAAGGUGAAGUUCAAAUGACCAAUGCAUUUGAUACAUCUCUGGUUCUGAUCAAUCCGGACUUGCCUGAAGUCAAGACUUUCAGAAGCUUGUUGCCAAAAAAUGAAACUGGUCUUAUCCUUUUCGAUCAAAAUCCUAAUGGUAAGGCAAUCAAGGCUCCAAAACAAAACUGGAACGAAGUUGAAAUCAAAUCAAUCUCGGAAAUAUUGAUGGCCAUGAAGGUAGAAAACUGCAAAAUCAUUGUUUCUAUUGAAGCAAUAGAUACAGAUUGGGGCUGGUUCUAUUUUGGUCAUGAUAGGUGCAACAAACGUGCCACACAAAUUGGUUGGAAUGAUCAGAAGGAUAAACCUCUAUGGCGUUGCGAACGUUGCCGUUCUAAUGUGACCAAUGUGUCUCCAAAAUACAAACUGCAUAUUGUCGUGCAAGAUGACUCUGGUACAUGCAAGUUGUUGUUGCUGGAUACUGAAGCUCAAGCAAUAGUCGGAACCAACGCUGUUGACCUAUGGGAUGGGUCAUAUGAUGAGAUUGAAGAUCCGGAGGUGCUACCAGAACCAAUCCGAGAAUUAGUUGGGAAAUCAUUCUGUUUUGGAAUUUCAUUGGCAAAUGAUAAUGUGGCUAACGGUUCUGAUAUAUUUGUGGUCUCUCAAAUCUGGUCUGGAGAUACACUUCUCAAUGCAGUUUCACAUUCUGAAUCAUUGUCUGCUAUCAGCCCAGGCUCCUCCAUGAUCUCCGCUGCCGAGGUUUCGAAGUCAGAUCCGAACAGUACCUCAACUUCUGAAGGUUGUUCAACCCCUUUCUCCAAACGCAAAGAUGAUAAUCUGCCUGACAUGACUUCAUCGUCAAAGAAACUGUGCACCAAGUUAAUCAAGGUGGAGAAAUCGAAGACAGAAUAGUCAUGGGCAAUUUGAAGUGAUGAAGUUUGGUGGUUAUGUUUGCAGUGUUGUUUCUUCAUUUGGAUUUUCUUUUCAGUUAUUUGGAUUUAUUUGCUUCUAUUUUUAUAUUUCGG